GAAAAAGAAAAGAAGAAGAAGAAAUACUUCCUGUGCCCACAUGGGGAAAAAUAAGAAAAAGAAGCAGACCUCAUGUUUGGACACUAAUAUUUCAGUGUGGUCUUUAAAUCUACGUUAAUAUUUCAUUUUUACACUUGUACUAAUUCGUCUGUCAUGCGACGAAUUACACUUUAUUCCUUCUUCGUGUCAGGAUAAACUCGACUCGUCCCGGUGAGGUUGGAAGCUUUUUAGGCUAGUUAGCUUAGCUUGCUAUCUGCUAGCAAAGAGAGGCGGAAGUGAUCAACACAUCGCCAAGCAGAGAUCAGGUGUGAGUGUAAAGUGUUGUGUUUGUGUAAAAAUGUGUGAAAGAAGGAUAGCAGAGUUCGAAGAUGGACUUUGUCGUAAAAAAAGGGGAGAAGGAGCGACAAUGUCAACUACUGGAUGCAGUUUUCAAGAAGUCUCAAGUUGUGUUCCACAGAACAGACGUCCAGCAGCUGAUUGGUCAUCGAGAAGAACCUCUCUCUAAGUUGCUGGAGGUGCGUUUCCCUUUGAAGCAGGAGGAUCCACAGCCCCCCCACAUUAAAGAGGAAGAGGAGUCUGAAGACCAUGAAGACAAACCACUUGAGUCUUCACAGCUUCAUCACAGUCCAAGUGAGGAGAAGAGAGAGGUGGAGCCUCCAAGCAGCAGCUCACCACAACACAUGACAACAGAAGCUGAUGGAGACCACUGUGGAGGAUCACAAGCUGACAUUCUAUUAGCUCCACUAUCAGAUAGUGACGACUCAACGUCACACGUUAAUGUAAUAAUGGAAUCACACAUGAAAACACACACAAGAAAAAAACCUUUCAGUUGUUCAGUUUGCGGCCACAUAUUCUCCCGAAAAGGUAAUAUUCAAAUACACAUGAGAACACAUACAGGAGAAAAACCUUUUAUUUGCUCAGUUUGCGCAAGAGGCUUUGUUUCAAACUCUGAUUUGACUCGACACAUGCGGACACACACCGGAGAAAAACCUUUCAUUUGCUCAAACUGUGGCAAAAGGUUUUCACAAAGAGGAAUUAUGCUGUCACAUAUGAGAACCCACACAGGAGAAAAACCUUUCAGUUGUUCAGUUUGCAGUAAAAGAUUAUCUCAUGAACAUCAUUUGCAAAGACACAUGAGAACGCACACAGAAGAAAAACCUUUCAGUUGUUCAGUUUGCGGUAAAAUUUACUCUGAAAAACGUCAUAUGCAAAGACACAUUAGAACCCAUACAGGAGGGAAAAAAUGCAUUUGUUCGGUUUGUGCAACAGGCUUUGUUACAAAGUCUGAAUUGUCUUGCCACAUGCGAACUCACACCGGAGAAAAGCCUUUCAGUUGUUCAGUGUGUGGUAAAAGAUACACUGACAAACGUUAUAUUCUAAGACACAUGAGAACACACGCGGGAGAAUAACUUUUCCUUUUUGAAAGUCCUCUUUCAAUAGACUCUGGCAGUCACUCAUGGUAUACUGCAGGGAUUCUCGAAAGUCUGGACUGUGUUCCAGAUCCAGACCAUGAGUCAGUCUGGAUCCAGUGGGGAACUAGCCACCCCACCUCAUGCUAUGAAUUACAAAACACUAUCACGUUUCUUUUAGGUACUGGUUAAAAAAUAAGUCAUUACAUGUUUGUAAUGUUAAAUACAAUGUUUUAAAUUAUGAUUCACAAGAUCCUUUCAAGGGGAACUACUCUUUUUGGGGGGAAUUUUGCCUAUCAUUCACAAUCCUUAUGCGAGACAAGCACACAUGUUUUCCUUUUGUUAUGCAGUCUAACUCAUAAAUAAAGGCUAGAAAGAGUCAGAAGUGAUUCGCUCCAAGGAAAGCAGGAUCUUUGUUGUCAUUGCACAAGUACAACAUUUCAUUCUCAUUACAAACCUGUUCGGCAGCAGGCAGACAUUGUACAUGGUAACAGAACAGGAACGCUGAUGGGUCGCCUCUCAAGGCGCCCAACGUUCUAUAUACACGCUGUAAGUAUAUAUGUAAUGUAGCAACAGGCACUUUCUUUAAAAAAGUAAUAUUUAUGUAUUUGGGUCAUUUUAAUUAUUAUAGAAACAUUUUGGUGGUGCAUUAAUUUCACAUUACAAUGUUCACUAUUUCCUUCAAUAAUAACUAUCAUUAAUCAUGGCAGACUUCAUGAAAGUCAACAAUUACUUAUUUGGGGAAAAAUAUGUUCCAGAACUUUGUAUUCUUGCGCGUGGACGUACGGACGAUGAGCUACAAGUUUUAUAUAGAAAUACAAAAUACGAGCAUAAUAAAGCGAUCACUUACUGUACAAUGUCUGCUCCCUCUGGGAUUCUGACUGAUGUGCUGUUUAUAUUUUCCCGUUUGGGUGAAAAAUUGAUUUUAUUCCUCACGCAGGUUACGAAAAAAAAGAAGGACGGGAGCAAAUGUGCGACUUUUUGUGUCUGCCUCGCAAUCUCCGGGUCUGAGUUGAAUGUCAAAGUUGACCAGCUUGUCGGUUUAUGGCA